UUCAACCGUUAAGAUAUCUCUUAAAAAGGAUUACCUUAUACCAAGAAUUAUAAAAGGAUUAACUUAGCAGUUUUCAAAAUAAAAAAAUAUCAACACUAAACAAAAAAUGGAUAACCUUACUGAAAGUAAUUUUGAUUUUGGUGAAAACCAAAAGACCAAGGCAAUUUCUCCACGUCGUCAGCGAGCUAUGCAGUUUUUGCAGAGUCUCAGCAAACGUUUGGGCCGUCGCGUUCAGAAUGACUUGAUUUACAAUAGUCAAGAGGAUCUUCGCAGUUCAUCAACGGAUUCUUUCUCUUUAAGUCUCGACCAAACUGAGAAGAGUCUUCGUAGUUCCAGCAUUGAUUUCCAGAGUAUUGGAUCUAUCGAAUCUAAUUGUCAUUCGGAUAAGUCAGAGCUUGAAACUGAAGAGGAGUCGAAUAGUAGUGAAACAACACCUGCAAGAACACCUUUGGGACGUAUUCACCUUAACCGCAUAUCAAUUUCAUCGGUUGGCAAGGUUUUACAAAGUCUUUCGUCUUCAUCCCGCUCAUUAUCAUGCAAUAGUACACCGCUAAAGUCUCAAAAUAAGAAACCUUCAUCCAAGCCUGCUGAACAAAAACAGCAACCACAACAGCAAAGGAUACUUCGCCAGCCAGUUAAUUAUGUUUAUCUGAAAGGUAUGUCUGGCUUGCCAACACGCCGAGUACCACGUUCAUCAUUGUGUUGUACUUAUGCCUACAGAUAAGGUGUUAAUUGUUAAAAUCUUUGAAAAACAAUAGAACAAAAAACCUGAGUGAUGCUGAAAAGAGUGAUAUAGUGCCUGAGACUGUUGAAUCAGUGAAAAGAGAGGACUUGAGUAAAAAACAAAGUUAAAGAAACAAAAAAAAAAUUAUUUUC